AUGGUUGGGCAGAUCUCUUACACUGAGGAGCAGAUCCUCUUCAUCCUGGAACAGACUCUCGCCAACGAGAAGCGCGACGUCAUCCUCCACGAGUACCAGAAGAAGUUUCACAAGUCUCUUUCCGUAUCGCAGCUCCGAUACGUUAAGUCCAAAUACGGCCAUGACCCUGAGUUUGGUACGGCGAUGGUCAAUCGCAAGCUCCCAAAGAACGGUGGCAACCGGAAGACAGCAAAACCGCCCUUGCAAGACACGUCCCAAAACUUGCCAUCAUUGGAGGAACAAGCGCAGUCGCAGCCACAAGACGAGGCCUUCCCACAAUACCAGUCGCAAGCCAGUGCCCCAGAGCUCUCUGGGACAUACUGGUUCGACCAGUAUGCCCCGACGGCAUACAAGACCCCUUACGGUUACCAGCCUGUUCUACACUACUACAACCAACUCUUAUAUCCCUCCACGGCGCAGAAGAGACAGCACGAAGAGUCUGUUAAGCUGCUUCCGGCUUUGACACCAAACCCGAAGCUCACAAGAGCAUGGCAUGAUCCCUCGUACUUGCCUGCUACUGUCCAUGAAACCGCCAGUGAGAGCGAGGCGAAGCGAACAAGACUGGAGCCGCAAGGAAACACUUUCACCCCGAUACCAACGGCUACACCAUCCCAGAUGCCCAUGAACGACCUUAUGUACCAAGCCAUGGAACAGAGUAGUACACACUCCUUCGACGUCGCCCAUCCUGAAAGACCCAUCACUCCUACAAACCCAACCGUGACGGGCAACGCCCUCUACACUGACGGUGACGAGAGCGAACUUUCGCCGUGCAGCCAAUUGAUUAAAGAGACAGACCCCGAAAACCGACCUGGAGAUCCCAUGCCGACGCCCCCGUCUCUCCAAAUGCCCCGGGAUUGGAACGACAACGCCUGCCCGAACGACACCUUAGCUCAGGAACCAGCAUCAAUGACAACUCCAAUGUCUACGGCAGUUCUCUCCCCGCCAACAUCUGCAGACGCGAGUCUCACGUUCUCGGAUACAAUUUGGAGUCAAUUCUUCGACGAGACAGAAUUCAGUCUCCAGAACAAUCACGAAGUCAGUUUUUCUCACUCUCCUCAGCUCUACGAGGCCUACGACCAGACGCUGGACCCGGCGUUCGACCAAGUCAUCGAAGAUACUUCACAGACACCAGCCGGAGAAUCCAUUGCCGAGACGGGAAUCAGUGGCUAUGGAUGGGCCGGCGAGAAUCAAGGUCAGUCUGCCUCUGCUGCAAUGACGGUACCGCAGCAGUUCGAUUUCAGCAAUGACGACAGUUUUUCCAGCAGCCUCGAAGACUUUGACUGGCGUGCUUGUUUCUCUCCUGGUAACCAGGCGUAG